GUUUUCGGUGUUGAAUCAGUGUCAAGAUGAAGCUUCUACUGAGCAGCCUGCUGCUGGCCUCUCUGUGUACCCUCUCAUCCUGGAGUGUUUCAUCCACGGGCACACUUGUUACCCAGAGUCCUGAUGUCUCUGUCAUGGAGGGGGACACAGUAAACAUAACCUGCUGCUGGACAGGAGCAACAAGACUGAGAGUUACCUGGCUGAAAAGUGAAACAGAUAGUAAGACUGGGAAUUCCUCCCUCAAAAAUUGCUCUCAAGGAUCUCUGAUAAGAAAGACAUCUAACUGCUCAUACUUAACCGUCGUGAAUGUCACAACAGAGGAUUCAGGGAGAUACAUCUGUAAGGUGACUGUGGAGAUACCAUUUUUUGCCAAGGUUGAAGGAAAUGGUACUGUCAUCACAGUUACGGACAGAAGCAACAUGAAGGAUGACACAGCAGGAGGAUUUGCCAGCAGCUCUUCACGGUUUCCCGUGAUUGUUACCCUGGCUGUAGUGGCUCCAUUGCUUCUUAUCGCUCUCAUCUGUGUCUGCGCUCAACAAAGGAGGCGAGCACAAGCACUUAGGGUGAUUUACGAGGUCCCCCACAUUGACUCUGAGGAAGCAGAAAUGGACAAACACAGCACCAGCUCCUCCAGAGGUUCAUCUCAGUGGUGUCAGGUACCGGUGUAUGAAUCCUUCGAUUACUUUGAACGUGUCGAGACCAAAGAAAGUGAAUAAGGAUCUGCACAGGGGAAUUUCCCCCAUUGUCCAGUGUUUUAUUUCCCUAUUUUUCAUCAUGUAUAUUUUCUCAUGAAUUUUGUAAAUGAUUUUAGAAUGUAAAUAUUUGAUAUUUUUCUAUAAAGUCUGAUCCAUC